AUGAGGAGGUUGCAAUCAUUCAAGACGCCGUCAAGGCUGAGCGAAAAGUUAAAGCUAUCAAGCAAGACUAAUAGUAACAAUGACACUAAGAUCAGCAAUGGUAUUAAAUUUGUCCCAAAUGUCCGCGCAUUAGAUUCCAAUGAAGCCAUUAACAACGAUGCUCGAACAGACAAUAUUUCAUUGAAAAAUAUAAACUUUGUCAGAAAAUUGGAAUUUGAGAAGAUGGAACAGCCUGACAAUACACACAAAUUUGACGCGUCUUUAAUACCACCUAUUCACGGAGGUGAAAUUAUAAAUAAGGCAGAAAAACAAGAUUUGAUUUAUGAUUCUAAUAAGGUUUCUGUUAAUUUAACAAUAAACAACACUAUUAAUAUUUACAAAAAUCUUGAAGAAUCAGAGCAUGGAAGAACUCCUGAAAAAUUGGAGGGUUGGUCGGUGUUUCAAUUACCUAAAUAUAUGCCAGAAAACGAAAAGAACUUCGAGUUUAUUAAAAUGCCUAUUCCUACAUUACUACAUGACACUCCUUCAGGUUCAAUUGGUAAGUUGGUAUUUAAACGAGAUGGAAAUAUAGAUCUAUCAUUAAAUUCGAGUAAAGGCAAAGAGUGUAUUUCAUUUAAAAUAGAUUGUAUAUCUAGGGACAAUUCUGAGCAAUUUAUUAUCGCAUUCUCAAAAAUAAACGAACUAAUUAACCUCGGAAAGUGUGAUUCAUUAUUAAUUGGCACCCCUGAAAUAUAA